UUAGUAUUUUGUUAUACCAGAAUUGCGUUUACUUUUCUUAUCCUUGUAUUGCACUAUUUGAUCGAUCUAGCAAAACACCAAAACUUGGAUGCGAGUCCCUUCUUCUACAAGAACCAUGAGUGCUUUAAAUUUGGAUCGUUUGGCGGGACUUUAUGAUAAAAAAGAUUGGCAAAGCUGUAAAAAAGAGCUUGUCAAUUUAAAGCUAGAAUUAGCUAAAGAGAAUCUGUUCUUACCGACCAGCAAUAGAGAAAAAAGCAUCUUUGCAAGAAAUGUAUUUGAAUAUGGUGUGCUAGUAUCGAUUCAGACGUCGGAUAUCGAGGCAUUUGCACGUUAUGCCAGUCAAGUCGUUCCCUUUUACCACGAUUCGGCUCUUGCUCCUUCCCCGAGAAUGGGUAUGGUGACUGCACUCAACCUUCUGUACUUGCUGUCGGACAACCGUAUUGCAGAAUUCCAUACUGCCUUAGAGUCUGUACCAGAAAAGUCAUUAUUUGAAAAAGAUCCACACGUUGUUUGGGUUAUGUCGCUAGAACAAAAUGUUAUGGAAGGCGCCUUUGACAAAGUUGCGUCGAUGAUCCAGUCCUGCGCAUUCCCCGAAUUCAGUUAUUUUAUGAAGAUCGUCAUGACUAUGGUCCGUAAUGAAAUUGCAACCUGCGCAGAAAAAGUAUAUACCACGAUUCCUCUUGCGAAUGCGACAAGCUUGUUAUAUCUUCAAAAUUCCAAAGAAACUGAGGCUCUGGCUGCUGAACGUGGGUGGACCAUCAAAGAAGGCAUACUUCAUUUCCCCAGUGAAAGCAAUGUGGUUGAUAAUGAAGAUGCCAUGAUGCUGGAUGAAGAACAACAAUUGGAACUUCCUCCUACAGCAGACAAACAUACAAUCCAAAGUGUUCGUCAGCUGUUGCAGUACGCAGCCGAGAUGGAACAAAUUGUUUGAUUAUGAUGAUGACUUGAUAUCUUUAGACUUGGCAAGAAAAUAUAUGUUAAAGGUAAUGAUAGUAGCUUCUACAUGUUAAGAAAAAUGAACAAGAUUGAAUAAAGGUGA